AUGUCGGCGACAGAAGCAGACUACAUUAUCGUUGGCGGAGGGCUCACUGGCUGCACACUGGCACGGGACCAGAUGCUUCUGAUAACCCAAAUGCUAGUUCGCCCUUCGGCAGUUUUGCUCUUACAGGGUCUGACUUGGAUUGGGCGUAUCCAAGUCUUCCUGAUGCCACAACAAAUAACAGAGUUCAUAUCAACAAUGCUGGGAAAGCUCUUGGGGGUGGGAGUACUAGUAACCAACCUUGUUCUUUGUCCCUCCACUCUGACUUGUUAUGUUGCGAAUCCGGAAGAGUAUUUAAUCUUGGUGAGCACUCUACUAAUACUUGUAGUCAACUACGCCGGAUGGUCUCGUGGGAACGCCGCUGAUUACGAUGCGUGGGGUGCAAUCGUCGACGAUUCUCGCUGGAGCUAUGCCGGUCUGCUUCCUUUCUUCAAGAAAUCCGAGAAGUAUUUUGACAAGAAGGCCGAUCCCGAGCAACACGGUUUCGAGGGUCCAAUUCAUAUCAUCUCAACCUCGGCCAGCGAUCCUGAUCGCCAGUACGGCCUUCGGGAGCCAUUACUGAAGGCUUGGACGAACAUUGGAGUGAAAUACAAUCCCGAUCCUGUCGGCUCCACGGAAGGAAUUUCAGAAUACCUUGAGAACUGGAGAGAUGGACAGCGACAACCUGCCCAGAAAGCGUAUGGGAUUGAAGGCAUCACAGUCAUUACAAACAAGCGUGUUAACCGCAUCAUAUUUUCCAAGGAUGAGGAGGAAAGGCCGAAAGCGUCCGGUGUUCAACUCAGCGAUGGCAGAUUUAUCAAGGCCCAUAAGGAAGUCAUAUUAUCUGCCGGCACAUUUGGAACCCCACAGGUUCUGAUGCUGUCGGGUAUUGGAUCUGCAUCAGCUCUCUCUGCGCUCGGAAUUCAGGUUGUUCAUGAUGCACCAGAAGUGGGCCAGAACUUGUUCGACCACUUUGCACACUUUCAGCUGUGGAAAGUUCGCCAUCCAGAGGAAGGUCUAGCCAUGGGCAACCCAAUCUGGAACAAACCUGCAUACUUUAAAGGCAUGCCCUGCGACUGGGUUGUGAACGAAAGAGUUCCAUCCAACUUUCUGGAGAGGGUCGAAGAAUCUACCCAGGAUAGUGAUUCGUCACUCUUAAAGGCUGGGGGGUGUCACAUCGAGUCAUCAGUCAUAUAUGCACCUGCGGGUAUUCCUGGAUUGCCGAUGAACGGCACCUUCAUUUCGAGCUCAAUCAUGCUCCUCCUGCCCACGUCUCGAGGUGCUGUUACACUUGCAUCGACCUCGCCCUCAGACCUGCCGCUUAUAACCAGCAACUACUACAGCACUAAGGCAGAUGUAGCCUGCCUUAUCUAUGGGACUCGGCGGAUGUUGCAGGUAAUGCUUGAGACGUCACCGGCUAAAGAGUAUAUUGAAGGCGAGGUAGCGCCGCCAGGGCAAGCUGAGCUUUCCCCUGACUCGUUGGAUGAGGAAAUCGAGCAGCGAAUUAGAGCUGUGGGUAUGUCUCACAAGCACGCAGCCGGUACGGUAGCAAUGGGGAAAGUAGUGGGGUCUGAUUUGAAAGUUUUGGGUGUUGGUGGCUUGCGGGUGGUGGAUGGCAGCGUGCUCCCGGUGCCGAUUGGCGGUCAUCCACAGGCGACACUCUAUGCCCUUGCUGAGCAGGCUGCAGAUAUCAUACUAGAUGAAGCUCGAGUUUGA